AUGCCUCUGAUCUCCACUGUCACCAGAACUGCCCAGCAGAUCCACGGUGACAUCACGGAACGGGCGGUGGGCCGACUGCAGCUUCCAGCACUUCGAGUCCAGGCCUUGGCUGCAGCGCAUGUCCUUCCCCACCUGGUGGCUGACAGACUGUCCCCUCGGCGGUCUCCACUCCGCCCUGGACCCCCAGCACUGGAGGCAGCGGUGCCAGGACGGCCCGACCCGCCCGCCGGGCUUGGCCACCCCGGCCGCGGCGGGGCAGGGCGGCGGCGCGGGGCGCGGGCGCCGCGUGGGGGCGCCGUGGCCUCGCAGAGGCGGGGGCGCGGCCGCAGAGACUCCGGAAGCGGGCAGGAGGGCCUGGUGCGCGCCGGCUGCUGCGCGCGCGCGUCACCUCCCCGGGGAAGCCCUCCUCGCCGGCCCCGCGGCACCGGCCCGCGCUCCUCCGGGCCGCACGCCCUCGCGCACGGGGCCAGGGCGGAAUGCGGGCGAUCGGGCCAGACCCCAGGUUUCCAGACGCCGGGCCGUGGGGAGAGGCUGGCGGCCCGCGGGCGGAGGCCGAACGGCGGUCCCCGCGCCCAGCCCUCGCGCAGGGCGGCGCACGCGUGUCCUGGGAGCGCCGGCCCCGCGCGCGCGCGCGUGCGUCCCCCGCACCGCCGCGUCCCCAUUAAUCACACGGCGACGGCGAUGUCGAGCGGGCGGCCGGCGGGCGCCCAUCGGCGCAUCUUAUCGCGCCGGCCCAGCCGCCGCGCGCGCCGCCCAUUGAUCGCGCCGGCCGGGCCGGGGUCAGCGCGGGCCCGGCGCCUGACAGCGCAUCCAUCGCCGCAGACGCGCGCUGACGGCGGCCCGGGCGGCACGGCCUGGCCAUUAAUCACCGCGCCUGCCGCGAGUGACGGCCAGGGUGACGGGGCCAGCCGGCGACAGCCAGCCCUGCGGCCGCCCCGGCACCCCUUCCCCGGGGCCUGCUGUCCCCAGGAAACGGGGGCAGGGCAAGGACUGGAUGAGUGGACCCCGUUCUACUCUCAGCGGGCCUGUUUCCAGACGCCAAGGGGCAGGGCUAGGCUGGGACAAAGCAGGAAACCAGCGCCCCGCAUCCCCGUUGCCCAGCCCUGCCUGCACCUCAUCGAAGAGGGGGCCCGGGGGCAGCAAGGGCCGGCACAACCUUCCUGGAAGUAG